GCUGUACGAUUGGCUGCUGUGGGAGGAGCUCAUAGCGAACCCAGUGUGGCUCUCGGUGUGUGAGGGUGAGGGUGAGCGGCUCCGGGGCUGAAGGGACUCAAACACCGAGAGAGGAGCCGGGAACCCGCCCCAGGGCAGCUCAGCAGCGGUAACUUUAGGCCCAACCAUGAGGCUGACGCUGCACAAGAAGAAGAUCGCCUCCCUGGUGCUGGUUCUGUUCGCCGGCGCUGGUUUGCUCCAUCUCUCCACCCGGCAGAACGAGGGCAACUUCCAGCUAACAACCCCGGGCCCCAGCGAGGGCAAUAACCCCCGGGGCUUCCGGCUGCCGGCCGGCCCCCCGCUGCAGAUGAGACUGGGCGCUUACCGGAACAACCUGCGCCAACCUGUUCUGAACGCCGACCGGUUCCCUUCUCGCCCCGAGCUGGUGGUGGUGGUGCAGUUCCGGGGGGGGCCGGGCAGCGGCGCUCGAUUGCGCCUCCUAGCGGAGUCCCUGCGGGCGGCGGGGCCCCGGGCCAACGGGCGCCUCCUAUUGGUGCUCAGUAUGGAGAAGCCGUGCCGCGAGGUGGCCGACGCCAUGCUCUCCAUAGACUUCUGCCGGGUUCUGCCCCUCUACUUCCCCUACAGCCUGAGCUUCUACCCCGAGGAAUUCCCGGGGGCUGACCCCAACGAUUGCCCCAGGGACCUGUCCAAGGAGUCUGCCCUCCAGCGGCGGUGCAACAACGCCGAGUUCCCCGACAGCCACGGGCACUACAGGGAGGCGCCGUUUGCCCUGGACAAGCACCACUGGUGGUGGAAGCUCCAUUUCACGUGGGAGCGGGUGCGGGAGGUGAGUGGCUACGGGGGGUACGUAGUGUUCCUGGAGGAGGGCAGUUACCUGCUCCCUGAUUGGCAGCACAUGUUGCGCCUAAUGCAGAAGCAGUGCCAGGAGGAAGGGUGUCAGCUGCUCAGCCUGGGGGGCACCGCCAGUCCCGACCCUUCCCCCGACCCCCAGCACACGGAAGUAAGCGGCUUUGUGGCGCCGAAGCACCGUUCCGCCGUGGGUAUGCCCCGCCCACUCUACUACCAGCUGAUGGGGUGCCUGACAGAAUUCUGCACCUACGACGAUUACAACUGGGACUGGAGCCUGCAGCACCUCUCCGCCUCCUGCCUCUCCCACCCGCUCAAGGUGCUCAGCGCCCGCCUCCCCCGGGUGCUCAACCUGCCCUCCGUCCCCAAAGAGGGUGAAUGCGGGCGCAGUGGGGCGUGUCCCAGCACCGACGCCGCGUCCCAAAAUCUCAGGGAGCAGGUCCGGCAGCUGAGUGGCCGCCUCUUCCCAAAAACCAUAACGGUGGCCAGUCGGCAGCAGGAGGUGCGCAACCCCCCCCAAACCAAGAACGGCGGCUGGGGGGACAUUAGGGACCACGCUCUGUGCCAAUCGUACGCCAGGCUCUGAUGGCCCCGCCCCCAAUACCGUUCCCAGACGCGGUCCUUACGGAUUUAACUGUGACCAAAGUUCAGGAAUUAUCUCAGGAAUUGAAUUGCACAAGAGACCAAAUGCCCCCAAAUUGCUGCUUUUUGUACUUGGCUCCGCCCUCUGGCGCAUUCACCGCCCCCGUGCCUUUAGCGAUGGGCGCGGCCUUGCAGAUGAUUGGUCCCCGGAGCGGCGAAGGGUUUUACACACUUUAAAGCUCUUUCUGGAAAGACAGAAAUGGAUUUUUAUUUCGUAAAAUUGUCUUUGUUUUUACACUGAUUCUACCAUUUCCCUCUUGGUGCCCCCCCUGCCGGGGCAACAGGGUAUUUGUUAUAUCGUAACCAAAGAAUAUAAGAACCAAAACUGACAGGGAGCCUUUGUGUGCCUUGUAGCCUGGCACUGGGUAUGUGUCAUGUGACUGACGUUCCCCCGAGCUAUGUGCCCCCGAGCUAUGUGCCCCCAAGCUAUGUGCCCCCGAGCUUUAUACCCUUGAGCUUUGUGCCCCUGAGCUUUGUGCCCCCAAGCUAUAUACCCCAAGCUUUGUGCCCCUAAGCUAUAUACCCCAAGCUAUGUGCCUUUGAGCUAUAUACACCCCAAGCUAUAUGCCCCUAAGCUAUAUACCCCAAGCUUUGUGCCCCUAAGCUUUAUACCCCAAGCUAUAUGCCCCUAAGCUAUAUACCCCAAGCUAUGUGCCUUUAAGCUAUAUACCCCAAGCUUUGUGCCCCUAAGCUAUAUACCCCAAGCUAUGUGCCCCUAAGCUAUAUACCCCAAGCUAUAUACCCCAAGCUAUAUACCUCAAGCUUUGUGCCCCUAAGCUAAAUACCCCCAAGUGCCAUACCUGUGUUCUUUGCUUUAGAACCAGAGGUGCAGGGAGUUACGUGUAUGGGGGGGGGGUUGCAGGGUUAAUGAGAGAGGGGAUUGAGGCAGUUGCUAAUGGGUUAAAGUUCCCCUUAACUUGCCCCAGGGUAGGAGAGUUUGCCCCCCAGUCUCUCCAUAUUGGAGCUGGGCAAUACGGCAGCCCCCGCACACACAGUAUUAGGGAAGGGCACACAAGGUGGUGCUGGGUGGCUCGCUCGGGGGGGGGGGGGGUGUCUCCCCUCAGCUCCCCAGGGAAACCUCUCGGUUAAUUACAGGGAUAUUCUGGGUCACAUGGUGCUCGGGGCGGCGCCUAGUCGCCGUCUCCUACGUGAUUGGCCGUGGCCCCUCCGCUACGACCGAUUCGCUCUGAUCAAAGGGGAAGUCGGCCGCUACAGCCGCACCAAUAUUUCUCUUCUGUAUUUUUAUUUUAGUCGCGUUUGGGCUCAGCCAGAGAUUCUGUUAAGGGUUAAUGUCCAACUUGUUUUUUAAUUUGUUGUGAAUAUGCUAAUUAAUGUUAAUUAAUGUAAUUACACAAUGUACCCCCCCCCCCCCCCCCCGACACUCAGGUCAUCAACCUGCCACAGCCAGUUCUUCUUUGGGGGGGGAUCUGGGCCCCUGUAAGAGGUGAAGUCAUUCAAAUGUUUUUGGGUUAACUUCCCCUUUAAAGGACAGGAGGGUAGAAAUGAAGGAUCUCUUGCCCUCCCCACUAUAGUUCAUACCACUGCGGGUCUCGUACACCAGCCCAAGGUGUGUGCCUGGCAAACAGAGGGUUAAACCGACAUUCCGCGGUUGACAGUAAAUAGAUGGGAGUGGCUGGGAGUGUUCCCUCCUAAGUACAAACUAGUGAGUCUGACCCCAGCUCGGAUCUCUCGCAGGUGGAACGGCGGCAGAACAGUCUCGCCUGCAGAAUGUCUCACUUUAACCCCUCGCUUGCUGUGCUGGGGAUUUUCCAUCAGGGCCGGGGAGAAUGUGGGCACUUCUAGAAAAACCAGUUUGUCCAUAGCAACCGUUACAGAAACGUGGAACCCACCCCCUCCUGUCAGGGGAUCAUGGGAUUUGUAUUUUUGGAACCAUUUUACUCUGUGCAAAGGCCAUGCCCCUCCCCUUAUUUAUUAAUUAUUUUUAAAGAAUAUAAAGUCACCUUGUCCCUUCCUUCUGCCCCAUUCCCUGUAAUAAAUACCCCCCCCCCUAAGUAUUGUAUAGUCAUCUGUUUGUAAUGGGGGUGGGGAGUUGUUAUUGUUUUCGGCUUCGAACAAAAUAAUUGGAUUUCUGUUGUAAAGGGGAAGUAUAUUUGUAUUCUAUCUUCUAAUUAUUUCUAUUAAAAAGACAGUACAGUA